CGGAGGCCCCGCCCUGCGGUGGGCUGUUGCGAGGAGGGCGGGGCGCGGGGCUCAGUCGGCGCCGCCAUGUUGGGGCUCGCGGGUCGCCGCUCGGCCGCCGCCGCCGCCUGCCCGCUGCUCCGCGGCCUCGGGGCCGCGCUGGGCCGCGACCUCCCGCCGCUGCUCCUCGGCCGCGCGGCCGGUCCGGCCGCCGCCGCGCGACGCGACUAUGCAGCCCAGCCGGCCCCCGCCGCCAAGGCAGGCUCCGCCACCGGCCGCAUCGUGGCCGUCAUCGGCGCCGUGGUGGACGUGCAGUUCGACGAGGGGCUGCCCCCCAUCCUCAACGCCCUGGAGGUGCAGGGCAGGGAGACCCGCCUGGUGCUGGAGGUGGCGCAGCACCUGGGGGAGAACACCGUGCGCACAAUCGCCAUGGAUGGGACAGAAGGCCUGGUGAGGGGACAGAAGGUGCUGGACUCCGGUGCGCCCAUCCGUAUCCCUGUUGGCCCUGAGACCCUGGGCAGGAUCAUGAAUGUCAUCGGGGAGCCUAUCGAUGAGAGAGGCCCCAUCACAACCAAACAGUUUGCUGCUAUCCAUGCUGAAGCCCCCGAGUUCGUGGAGAUGAGCGUCGAACAGGAGAUCCUGGUUACGGGCAUUAAGGUGGUGGACCUGCUGGCCCCCUACGCCAAGGGUGGCAAAAUCGGUUUGUUUGGCGGUGCUGGUGUCGGCAAGACAGUGCUGAUCAUGGAACUGAUCAACAACGUGGCAAAAGCUCACGGCGGUUACUCAGUGUUCGCUGGCGUGGGGGAGCGAACCCGUGAAGGCAACGACUUGUACCACGAGAUGAUUGAGUCUGGGGUCAUCAACCUGAAAGAUACCACUUCCAAGGUCGCUCUGGUCUAUGGGCAGAUGAACGAGCCCCCGGGUGCCCGCGCCAGAGUGGCUCUGACUGGAUUGACGGUGGCUGAAUACUUCAGGGACCAGGAGGGUCAGGACGUGCUGCUCUUCAUCGACAAUAUCUUCCGCUUCACCCAGGCUGGCUCGGAGGUGUCGGCCUUGCUGGGCAGAAUCCCCUCCGCUGUGGGCUACCAGCCCACGCUGGCGACCGACAUGGGUACCAUGCAGGAGAGAAUCACGACCACGCGCAAGGGCUCCAUCACCUCUGUGCAGGCCAUCUACGUGCCCGCCGACGACUUGACUGACCCUGCCCCUGCCACCACCUUCGCCCACCUGGAUGCCACGACGGUGCUGUCCCGCGCCAUUGCCGAGCUGGGCAUCUACCCUGCCGUGGACCCGCUGGACUCCACCUCCCGGAUCAUGGACCCCAACAUCGUGGGGCCCGAGCACUAUGACGUGGCCCGCGGUGUGCAGAAGAUCCUGCAGGACUACAAGUCCCUGCAGGACAUCAUUGCCAUCCUGGGCAUGGACGAGCUGUCUGAAGAGGACAAGCUGACAGUGGCCCGCGCGCGCAAGAUCCAGCGCUUCUUGUCCCAGCCCUUCCAGGUGGCCGAGGUCUUCACCGGCCACCUGGGCAAACUGGUGCCCCUGAAGGAGACCAUCAAGGGCUUCAAGCAGAUCCUGGCAGGCGAGUACGAUCACCUCCCCGAGCAGGCCUUCUACAUGGUGGGGCCCAUCGAGGAAGCGGUGGCCAAGGCGGAGAAGCUGGCCGAAGAGCACGUGUGAGCAGCGCCCGCCCGAGCUGGUCUCCCCCCCCUCCCUCCCGCCUGGCUCCCUCCGGGGGGGGCCUGUGUCCAGAGUAUUUAAAGUUUCCAAUAAAACAUUGGCGAAAAUGUGAA